AGCGUCAGUCAGCGCCGCGAUCUCCGGCCGGCAGGGAUCCACGCGCGCAGACGCGGUUAAAUUUUUGAAAAUCGAACGCGUUUCAGAACUGUGCCUGAUACCGAAACACGUAUUCUUUUAAAACAUGAGAAUGCAGCAUUAUUCGGGUUAAAUCUUUCACGUAAGUGAUGUCGAGACGGGCAGGGCCGUGAUGUCGAGCGAUGAGGCCGUUUGUCAUCGCAGCCUGUCUUCUGCUCCUUGCGCCCAUCACUGACUCCUGGUGGGCGUCUGGAAGCGCUGUGAUCCUCGACCCGCGCAUGGUGUGCAAGAAGAAUCGGCGCACGCGCGGCCGCCUCGCGCAGAUCUGCCGCAACGAGACCGGGCUCGUCAAGGAGAUCACCAGGGGGGUCACCUUGGGGGCCACCGAGUGCGCCCACCAGUUCAGGAAUAGACGGUGGAACUGCACCACGCAGAGACGCAGCAUGAGGAAAAUACUCAUGAGAGACACACGGGAAACGGGGUUCGUGAACGCGAUCACAGCGGCCGGCGUGACGUACGCGAUCACGCGCGCGUGCACCGCCGGUUCGCUGCUUGAAUGCUCUUGUGAAAAGGGUGUACCGAAGCCACGUCGCGGCCGCGGGUCAGCCGUGACCCUGCCCCCUUCUGACGUGCCGACCGACCGCUGGCAGUGGGGCGGCUGCAGCGACAACGUCCGCUUCGGCCUGAAGAAGUCCAGGGAGUUCAUGGACAGCCGGUACCGAAAGCGGAGCGACAUCAAGACCCUGAUCAAGCUGCAUAAUCAUAACGCUGGGAGGUUGGCGAUCAAAAACAAUAUGAAAGUAGAAUGCAAGUGCCAUGGAUUAUCAGGUUCCUGCACGCUUCGAACCUGCUGGUUGCGAAUGCCAACCUUCAGACAAGUCGGCGACAAGUUGAGAGACAGAUUCGAAGGUGCUGCUAAGGUAAUAGCAAGCAACGACGGUGACAGCUUCAUGCCCGAGAGCCCAAGCAUCAAAAGGCCCGGGAAGAAAGACAUAAUUUACUCAGAAGAAUCCCCAGACUUCUGCAGUCUCAACAUGAAGACUGGCUCUCUGGGCACCCACGGGCGCCAAUGCAACAUCAGCUCAGCGGGCACAGACAGCUGCGACCAACUCUGCUGCAGACGCGGCUACAAGCAAACGACGGUCAAAGAGACUGAAAACUGCAACUGCCAAUUCAAAUGGUGUUGCGAAGUCUUAUGUGAAACGUGUUAUGUGAAACGAGACAUACAAACAUGCCUUUAAUGUGAUAAUGUAUUAAAUGUUUAAUAUUGAAACCACUCAUGAAA